AAGUGGAGGAGCCGAAAAGAGAUGGGGCGCAGAGGGGAACAAAAAGAAAGGGGCCAGUAGAGCUCUUGCAGAGAGAGAGAGACUGGGACCGAAAAAAACGUGACUCGGCAGCCUAAGAGCUGUUAUGCAACCGCUGACCUACUAACACAUAUCUGUAGCAGGGGAGCCGGAGAAACUGGAGCAAAGUGUCCGGCAGCGCACAGCCGACGCACAGAUAGCCCGAGCCAAAAAGGACAGGAACAGCAUCCAGCCGAGCCAGUGACUCAUCCGACACGGAGCCGAGCGGCGGCACUCGCACAAACUUAGUUUUAUUUCACGUCUCCUCUCUCUUCUUUUUUUUUUCCGCUCCUGGAGGUUUCCUCCUCUGAAGGGACAAUACGGGAAGGAGGAAGCGGGAUCGAGACAGCUUUUGUGUCGGGGAAAGCCUGAAGCUUUUUUUUUUUUCUCCUCCUGCUGCUGCUGCUCGUCCUCCGGGACGCUGAAAGUAACCCACCUAGAGGUCGACAUCUCUGAAGCAGAGUUCUGAAAGAGCCCUGGAGAAGACGUACUGACCUACAUCCUGCAUCAGACACAGCGAGAACCACAGCAGCGACCUGAAAAGCUCCUGAAGACUGACAAAGAGGCAGAUAAACUCAAAGUCACCUGCAACACUUUGGAGAGCUGUGAACUAUUUGAAGAGUCUCUUUAAAUAUCUCUACAAUCAAGCACCAACUUUGUUUCCUGUUUUUCGACGCUCAUUUUUCAGAACACUACUUCAAUGUCUGAAGUUUUCGUCGAGUUCCACCUCUUUUUAAUCUUUUUGGCUAAUUUAGAUACUUGAACAAUUUAACCUUGGAAGAUAAGUAAGAGCAAAUCAAUGAGGCAGUCCUUUCAUCAAGCACAAAUACCUCAUCCAGAAAUUUUUACUGAUCCAGCGACAUAGGCCAAACGUUAAACCAACAAAGUAAAAGGCUUGUAUAACUGUUCCAUCGUUUCACCCCCCCUUUGCCCUUCAAUAGGGUCAUACUGUGGCCCCCAGUUGGAAAAAAAAUUGGAAAGUCUCAGUCUAAACAUCCCAUCCAACACCAACAAAAGCACCAUGGAAGUUGAAGCAUUUUCUCCCUACGAUGGGAGCCUCCCUUCCCCUGGUCCUGAUGGUUCAACACGGAUCAGCCGCCAGCCCAAAGGCUCUAAAUCAACCGUGACCUCACGUCGCAAGCGAGAGUUCAUUUCUGAUGAGAAGAAAGAUGCCUCAUAUUGGGAAAAACGGAGGAAGAACAAUGAGGCGGCCAAGCGUUCGAGGGAGAAGCGUCGCAUCAAUGAUAUGGUGCUGGAGAAUCGCGUCAUGGCACUAAACGAAGAGAACGUCCGUCUGAAGACGGAACUCCUUCAGCUCAAACUGCGCUUUGGUCUCAUUAGUGCAUCUUCCUACAUGGAGAAAAGUCAGCAGAUCUCCAACAGUGCUGCAGAUGGAAACCCAGGUAGCAAUGAGAGUAGCACCAAUGGCACCCCUAACAGCAACGCCUACCACUCGAGCAGCGGCUACUCCAGUGCGUCCCAAGUGAUGCUGAAUUCUGACUCAUCUGAAGCUGAACAGUCCAGCCGAAGUGAACGCCACACCAUGCUCCACAAGUACUCCCCUCUGGGCUCUGUGUCUGAUAUGUCUGAUGGUUCUUCCAGAGAUAGCCCUGAACCCAUUGGCUACAACAUCAAGAAGGAGCCCUUGGGAAUGGAGAUGGGUGGACUGGAAAGCAACAGGAUUCCCAAUGGAGUUGCCAAUGGGAUACCAAAUGGCGCUUACUGUGGCAACACCACUCUGGUUUCCCCUCACCAGCAAAACACCACAUUAGCUGAAACUGCCAGAGACUACCAGUAUCAUCAGCAUGAGCACCAACAGUGCCACAUGGAAACCACUGGUCCUGCUCCUCAGGCCACCUCUACGCAGAGGAGUGUCAUCUUGUACCGUUCCAGCAGUGGCUGUUACCCCAUGGAGAACCAGAAGCUGGAGAACCAGCAGACCCAGCAGAAUAGACCACCACAGCACAUCAUGCACAGUUUGCCCUCAGAGUUCUCUGACUGCUCAGUAACCAUCUCUGAGGUUGCAGAGAAGCUAGAGAGGACAAAGACCAUGGACUCACCUCAGUAUGAAUACACCAAUGAUCAUGCCGAUUCCUCUGAGGAGUUCCAGCAACGGUUCAGUCACAGUACCCACCUGCCAGAUGACGACCACCCGUGCUACAGCUACCAGGCUCAGGAGAACCGUCUUCAGCGCACCGAGAGUCCCCAGAACUCCUUUGCCCCUGAGCUUAUCAGCAGUGAGGAGAGCAAGUCCUUCAUACAGCACAAUGGCUACCUCAGCACACUGGAUGAAGAGCCCCCUGUUCUCACCUACGAAGGAGGGCCCCGACCUGAUGCCUUCUAUCAGGAGAACUCCUCUGCUAAAGACACCUCCUCAAGCGACGGAGACCCUCGUAGCUCUGAUAAAGAGGGCUCCACCGAUGACGAAUCCCCCUCAUCGUCAUCCUCAGACAUCAGCAGCUACCACCAGAAGGCAGAGGGAGCUGGCGGUUUGCACAGUGAAUACCACGCAGAGGUCCAAGUCACUGCCCUGCCCCACAAGCUCCGCCUCAAGUACAGAGCUCUGUCCAACGGGGCAGCUGGAGCUCAGGUGGAUGGACUGAUCUCCAACUCUAUGUCCCCUUCUCCCACUCUGCCCCAGCACCCCUACUUAGCCCUGCCCAGCAACCAUUCCAAUGGCCAGGCCAACGGAGAGGGCAAAGAGACUGAGACUGACUAUAUGGAAGAAGUCAAGGCUGAGGUGAAUGACAGGGCAGGGGCUAAAAAGGAAGGAGGGAAGAAGGGAUCUGUCAGUGGAAGAAGUGGACGGAAUAAGAGGCGAGAUUAAGAACAAACAUAAGCAGCUUGUGUAUUUUCCUGUCAACUCUCUGUCAUUCGAUGAAACUAGACAGCUACAACUCACACUGGCACUUUGCAGGACAGGCAGUGAUCUAUGUGAGGUGUAUUUAGCACUGCGUGGAAACGUCAGUAUCAGGAUAUGCGAAAUCCCAGAUCCGUGCUUUGGAGGAAGAAGGACAUCCUUCCUCCAGAGCGUGGUGUGUUUCCAACUAUGAAGGAGAAUUUCUCACAACCAGAUAGUGAAGUUUUCUUUCAUAUUUCACCAAUAGAUUCACUGUGUCACCUGUAACUCUUUCCUUUACUCUCUCUCCUACCUCCCUAUGAUCCCUCAAAAUUAAAAUAGCAGAUUAAGGAGGGAUGGAUGAAACUCCAGAUUUGGAGUUCCUCUUGAGGAAAAUUCAAUUAUUCAUUUUUACUAAUUGCCUUAUUGGCUGGUCAGUCUGUAUUGUGGCAUUAUGGGAGCAUUCCUUUUACCAAAGAUAUGCAUAUUUCCUUUAUCGUCUCCCUCUUUUGUCAGUUCUUCCCCCCCAUUUACCUACUUUUAUCACCAUUAGCCUGGUCAAUUGAACUGGAUUCAAACAACCAUCAGCACACAAGUCCCCUUCACUCCCAAAGGCACUUAGAUUGUAUAUUACUGUGAAAUAAAUUUGCAGAUAUCAAAUAUAUAUUUUAAGAAAAAAAUGUGGCAAAAAAAAAAAAAAAAAAAAACUAGUAAAGAAACGGGAUGUGGUAAAAGACUUACAAGUUAUGUGUGUUGUUUUGAAACUUCUUGUACAGUCCUGUUUUUUUUUUAUUCUAAUAAAUGCCUCAAAAUUUUUUUCUUUUACUAAAACUGUGAGCUACUACUCGUAAAAAAAGAAGACAGGUACAUUUGUUCUCAGACUGUGUUCAGAUUGUCCACUCGUUCACUAUAAACAAAACAGCCAUUUCUGCUGUGGGUUGGAAACUCGGAAUGUAAUCUUUCAUGAUAUUAUGUGGUUCUCUAGAAGUUUGUGUCAUGUGAUACAUUGAUAAGGUCAGUUGAAAUAGACUGUAGAUGUAGGGACAGAAUUGACCUUGCAUGGUAAUGUUAGCAUUAGCAUGCUAACCAUUUUUAUGUGUUAGCAUGCUAAUGUUAGCUUUGGCAUGCUAAUGUUAGUACUAGUGUUGGCACUUGUGUGCUUACAUUUAUACAUUGUGCAGUUAGCAUUGUAAUGUUAGUAGUAAUGGCUCAGUAAUCUGAGGAUGGUGUUAGUAUCCCAAUGUUAGCUGUUGUAGUUUGAUUUAGCAUUUGUUAAUACUAGUUUCAUUAACUAAUAAUUGCUAUUCACAGACUGAAAAUGUCUAAUUCCAGCAAUUCCCAGUCAGCCUGACCUGGAGCAUUUCCGAAAGUUUAAGUUCCAACAGAUGAUAAAGAUGUCAAAAAUAAAUUGUAAAUACCUGUAAGAACAUAAAUAAUGAGCCCAAUUUCGAUCAUGCUCAUAUGUUUAUUUGCACACAGACUACAAUUUUAAUAACUGUUGUUUUGUAUGAGAUAUUUAAUAACUUUCCAUGGGUCUUAUUUACAUUUGUUUAUAUUGAAGUUACACUCUUAGUGCUGCUUAAGUGGAUACAGUAAAGAAAAGUAAAAAAGCAGGUGUGUGUCACAACUUUUAUGUUUGUAUUGUAAAUGUACAUGAUGUUAAUUAUGUUUUCAACCUCAGCAUUAUCUCAUGCUGUCCAUCGUUUCAUAUUUAGGGAUACUUCUGCAGGUAUCAAUGAGUUUUCUACUGGAAACAAAAGUACCUGCAAAUCCCAUUUAAUAGUUCAGUUGGAUUUGAACUGCUGAUGCCAAUUAAUGGUUUUCUUGAGGUCUGACAAGCCAUUUCUAUUUUUUUAAGAAAUAUUAAACGUAAAAAUGUUUUGUGUAGGCUGAUUAAAUUUAACAACUUAUAUUUGUAGAUGAUCUCAGUCUAUGCAUCAAAGCACAUGUUCCUAACGUCCACCUGAUUUUGACCAAACUCAAAAUUAAAGUGGGUCAAAGAACAUGUUGUUAGUUGACGUGUUUACAGACUAAAAAAGUGGGAGUUUUGAGGUUUGAUGCAUUUAAUUACCCUACACAACAUGUAUCAGAGUCAAUUAGAAGAAAACUGUUAAUUUGGAUCACUAGUUAGUUAGUUCACCAGUACUUAGGUCUUUAUAUGAGUGAACGAGUGGACAUUUCGAACACAGGCUUAGAGUGGGAUCCAUGCUCAAACCACCUGCGCUCCUUGACCAGUUUUAUUUUUUUCAUAUCAAUUAAGGCAACACAUGGCCUUUAGCAGAACCUGACAAGCACAAGCCUUGUUAGCAGUUCAUCCAGCAAAAUCCAUUGAACCCAUUAAACAAACCAUCUCUCCAGUCACAACCAGCAAAGCUGCUCUCUUUUGGAUAAGGUGCCUCUUUAUUGUGUUGUUCCUCGUCCCCAUGUUGGCCAAUGUCUUAGACCCCUUUCAACUCUGCACUGAUUUGUUUUAGCUACAGUAGCUGCAGUAGAUGAUGCGGUAUUUAAACUGUUUUACUUCCUGGUGCCUGCCUCUGGCCGCUAUGUAUAAAUGUAAAGUUGUCUUUAUCUCUUGUAUACUGCUGUCUUUAUUAUUUUUAAUAAUAUUUUAUCAAUAUUGUUUUUUUCUAUUCUAUUAUUGUGUGUAUUUUUCAGCCACUUGUUUCAUUCAAGCUCUAAGCUCUUCUUGUUGUGCUGUGUAUUUACCCAUUGCUACCCUUUGCUGCAGUUACCAUUUGUAUUCUGUGUUACUGUAUAAUCUUUGUGUUUUGCCUAAAGGCUUCCUGAAAAUGGAAAAAAAACAAAAAAAACAGCUUCUUCAGAAGUAAUUAUGUAUUGAUAUAAUUCACGUUGAUAUGCAAAUGACUACAAGAGAAAACACUCAAUUUUAAUUGUGAAAGAUUGAAAAUGGGGAAAAAAAAAAAAA